GUCAUAAUUAGUGCACCGAGUGACGAUGUGCCAAUGUUUGUUUGCGGUGUAAACUUGGAAACUUAUAAACCCGAAUACAAGAUUAUCUCCAAUGCUUCUUGUACUACAAAUUGUUUGGCACCGAUCGUCAAGGUUCUCAAUGAUAACUUUGGUAUCAUCGAAGGUUUGAUGUCAACUGUCCAUCCAACUACAGCAACUCAAAAGACUGUUGAUAGUUCUAACAAAGACUUGAGAAGAGGUCGAGGAGCUGCGCAGAACCUUAUUCCUACUUCCACGGGAGCCGCAACAGCCGUUGGCAAA